UUGCUGUAACUAGUUUAGGAAAAAAAAAAAAAUGGCGGGGUUUGUUUUUGUGACGGACGAGGAUUUGAGCGAGCUUACAGACGGCGCUAAUUCUUCUAACACAAAAAAACAAAUUCAGUACGCCAUCAGCCGUCUGGAGGCGUUUGCUGUGUUCGCUGGGACGUCUUUAGCUGAAGUAGAAGCGCUGACGGACGAAGAACUCGACACAUUUCUGUCGCGAUUUUUCGCAGGACUGAGAAAAGCAGACGGGAGUUUUUACACGAAGAAGUCGAUGCAUGGCAUCAAGUACGGACUACAUCGGCACUUUAAAGCCGUGAGAGAUGUUGAUAUUACCAAACCUGAUACGUUCCAUCGCAGUUACGAGACGUACAAAGCGAUGAUGUGUAAACUGAAGCAGGCAGGAAAGGGAUACAUUAAGCACAGAAGUGCAAUCACUAAGGAAGACAUGGCCAAGAUCUUUGCUUCUGAUGUUCUCGAUAUCUCAACACCGAUGGGUUUGCAGAAUAAGGUCUUCAUGGACGUUAUGAUAUAUAUCGCCAACAGAGGACGUGAAAAUCUGCGAGACAUGAAAAUAGAUGACUUUGUAAUGCAAACAAGUGAGAAGAAUCUUCGCUACAUUACGCACAAAAACACGCUGACCAAGCCCAGGGGACAGGACGAGGACGAAGGAUUUAGUGGCUACAUGUAUGAGAUUCCAGGUUCAAAAAGGUGCCCGGUCUCAACGUUUCUGUUAUACAAAGCUGUGUUAAAUCCUGCACUGGACUGUUUAUGGCAGCGUCCUAAACCUACAGCCCCAGCGGAGGGUUCGUGGUACUGCAGCUCUCCAUUAGGUGUCAACACUCUUGGAAACAAAAUGAAAGAAAUCGCGAAGGCAGCUGGUUGCACUAAGAAGUACACAAACCACAGUCUGAAGGCCACAGCGGUUACCGUCCUAGAACCUCUUGAUCUCAAAGUACCUGUGAUGCACACCAAUAUGAAUUGCGUGGUGUACUAUUUGCAAGUGUGAGCUUUUGUAUGGCAGCAAUGGCAAGAAAAGUAUCUUGGGCCAUGCAAUCACUAAACUCCACACGAGACAUAAAUCAAGACGAGCGAAGUUGCGAUCUUCUCUCACUGGAGCAAAGGAACAAAAAUGUAAACUUCCCUAU